AUGAUGUUUAAUGGGUUGUUGGUGUGCGGAGAUUCCGACACAAGUGAUUAUAAAAAGAGAAGCGUGGGCGCGUCCAGUGCCGACGGGAGUUUGGCUUCUCCAGAUGUUGAGUGCCUGCAGAGCAAGUUGUUAGCCACGAUGCAGAUACUGGAAAACAAAGAGGAGACGAUAAGAGUGCAGGCGCAAAGCCUUGAGUUCGCCGAGGCGAGGAUAGCGGAGCUGGUCGAACGCUCCAAGUCCAGCUGCCCCCAGAGCCCAAAGUCGUCGCGUGGUGUCGAUGCGAGGCUCGUGGAGAAGACUGAUUGUGGCAUCAACACAAGUUUGCAUCAGGAGGGCCGUCACGAGAAGGUCGUGGCGAGACUGCAGGACAGUUUGUCCGUCAUCGAGGAACUUUACAAAGAGUGCUUCUAUGAGACAGCGAAGCAGGACGAGCUGAUAAGCUCGCUCCGGGAGUCGUUCGCGGAGGUCCGUGUCGUGGAGAGGGAGAAAACGGAGCAGAUAGGUCGAAUGCGGAACGCCCUGGACGCUGCGCAGUGGCGCCAGGACACCGCGAUGGAAGUGGAGAGCCUCAAGUCGGAGAUAUCGAACUACCUCAACAACUCCAACUACGACUCGGGAGUGUGGGAGCGCGAGGAGGCUGCGGGGGCGCGGGGGGAGGGGGCGGACCUUCGUACGAACGACUGCAUAUGCGGAUUGAAAGAGGAAAACGCAGAACUGCGACAGGCGAACGAGAGUUUGGAGGCCCAAACUGCAGAGCUGCGUCAACGAUUGCAGCAUCUGGAAACGUCUCUGCAGGACAAAUGCAGAGAGAACGUGCAGUGUCAACGGCAGCUCCAAUUGAAAGAGCAAGAGUUUCGGCGCGCGUCUCAGCGGCUCGGCGCCGUCGAACAGAGGUACAGGGAGCAGACGGCGACUGGCGACUCUUUGACGCACCAGCUGCAACACCUUCAAAAGUUGCUAGCAGAGAAGAGUGCGCAGCUGCUGCAGACGCGGCAACAGUGCGACCUGCGCGAGAGCACGGAAGCCGACCUGCGUCGUCAGCUCGACGAGGCGCAGAGGACCCUGGAGCAAGAGCGAGAAGCGAGGGAAGAGGCGCGGAGGGCGGCGCGGGGCGCGUGCGAGUGGCGGCGACGGUGCCGGGAGCGCACGAGCAGCGUGUCGCGUCUGCGCGCGCAGCUGCUGGAGGCGCAGGGCCGCGGCGCGCGCCUCUGCGCGGACACGCAGGCGCUGCUCGCCGCACUGCGCGCUGCUCUGCAGCGCUACAGGCUGCGUAUACAGUGCGCACUCUGUCUCCCUCUAGCACGCGCAUUCGCUACGAACUGCGUAUACCCUGCACACUCUGUCGUCUCCCUC